GUCAUCGUGGAAGAGAUUUUUUACAAAGAAAUUCAGACCACACACUCAAUGGUCCAGACUAGGUGAUCUGUCCUGAAACCUAAAUGAUUCUACAUUAAUUAAAAUAGCUCCAAGAAAGGAAAAACAAGAACAAGAGGAGUGGCCGGAGGUGGAUAUCCGGAAAAGUCUCGUCUGAACACAUUCUCACGCUCCCUCUCCCACGCACACACACAGAACCACCUCGCCCUCCACAUUCACUCAUGGCGCCGUCGCUGCUCCCACCCGUUCUUCUGCUUCUGGCCUCGGCGGUGCCUGCGCCAGGAGGUUCUCCCAGGCCCGUCAUGGCCCUGAGGUGCCUUGCCGACAUAUUCAUCACACCAUUUGAGGGUUCCAAGAUCAUUGACUCUGAAAUUGUGGAAGACUACAUGCACAAGCAUUUGUAUGUGUACCCCGAGCGAGGCUUUCGGGGCGUCAGUCUUGUGGAAUGGGAUGACCGCCAACCCGCAUGGUUCCCGCUGAGCGACUGCCUUCCUCAGGGGUCGUGGUGGAAGCUCCUGUUGGAGGUGAAGAAGCUCAAGUUUGGCUAUGGGGAGGUGCGUUUUGAGCUUCAGAUAAAGAGUGGUACGUGCAGUUUCAAGUGCUUCACCAUAACUGACGACUUUCCUGGCUGGCUGUCUUUUUUUAUUGAGGCUCACGGCCCCUCGAGGUGGAGUCAUAACGAACCUUUGUCUUGCCCCGUUGGCGAGGUAAAAAAUGGACUUGCACGGGGGAACUCUCCUAUCUCCCACUGCAAGGAUUUUCUAAACACGAAGAAUACUACACCCACCACUACCACCACCACCACCACUACCACUACCACCGCCACCACUACCACCACCACCGCCACCACUACCACCACCACCACCACUACAACUACAACUACCACCGCCACCACCACCACCCCUAAGCCUGCAGCCACACUCUCCGCCACAGCCCCUCCCGAUGCAACGCACACAGCAACUUGGCUAUCUACGGAGGUUGUGAUAAUCAUGGUGUUGGUGGCGGCAGUGAUGGUGAUGGCUGCAUUGGUGGUGCUGCUGGUGAAGCGUUUCCGGCAGCGAAGGAACACUGUGGAAGAGCCCAAUUACCACAACAACGUGGUGGACCCUCCCCCACCCAUCGUCCCGCCACGUCAGCGAGCGGACGCCUCCCAGGGCAUGAGGACCGAGGCUGAGGACGAGGAGAAUGUAUAUGAUGAGAUUGAGGACUUUGCGCAGCGCUGGGCCUUCGUGGCGGGACCUACAAGAGCAGGGAUGAGACAAAACGCAGAACAAGACGAUGGCUGCUUGAGGAUGAGCAGGUCUUUGUACGAGGAUGAUGGGUACCUAACCCCGAGGCCGGCUCCCGUAUAA